AUGUCCAGAACCAACCGCAUCUCCUUCCCAGGUGAAGGUGACUUCCGAAGGGAUGGGAAGCUCGCUCCUUACCAAAAUGCCCAGCCCUCUGUGGCUGCCUUGGUUGAGCUCAGCCAUGUGGGCUCAGAGGACAGAGUUCCUCCGAGGCAGAACCUUCUCAAGUGCAAGGUGGAUGGCAACAAGGCGGGACUCGCCGGGGGACGCCAUCCGGCCCGGAAGCUCCUCAGCCUCCUCUUCCUCAUCCUGAUGGGCACGGAACUCACCCAAGUGCUGCCCACCAACCCUGAGGAGAGCUGGCAGGUGUACAGCUCUGCCCAGGACAGCGAGGGCAGGUGUAUCUGCACGGUGGUCGCCCCCCAGCAGACUAUGUGUUCACGGGAUGCCCGCACAAAACAGCUGAGGCAGCUGCUGGAAAAGGUGCAAAACAUGUCUCAAUCCAUAGAGGUCCUGGACAGGCGGACUCAGAGAGACUUGCAGUACGUGGAGAAGAUGGAGAACCAGAUGAAAGGACUGGAGUCCAAGUUCAAACAGGUGGAGGAGAGUCAUAAGCAACACCUGGCAAGGCAGUUCAAGGCAAUAAAAGCGAAAAUGGAUGAACUUAGGCCUUUGAUCCCUGUGUUGGAAGAGUACAAGGCCGAUGCCAAAUUGGUAUUGCAGUUUAAAGAGGAGGCCCAGAAUCUGACGUCAGUGCUUAACGAGCUGCAAGAGGAAAUUGGCGCCUAUGACUACGAUGAACUUCAGAGCAGAGUGUCCAAUCUUGAAGAAAGGCU